GCAAACCAUGUGACCUGUUGACCUGGGCAUGAUGCGCAAGCGUAGCGAGUAAGAUCCGGGCUCCAGGCAGGAUGAAUGCAAAUGUCCAAGAUGGCGGUGGAGGGAGGAGGGAAGGAGAUGAACGAAAUUAAAACUCAAUUCACCACUCGGGAAGGUGUCUACAAACUCCUCUCGCACUCCGAAUACAGCCGUCCUAACAGAGUGCCUUUCAAUUCGCAGGGCUCGAAUCCGGUCAAAGUCUCCUUCGUAAACGUCAACGACCAGUCCGGUAACGGCGAGAGAAUCUGUUUCAAUGUGGGCCGGGAACUCUACUUUUAUAUUUACAAAGGCGUGAGAAAGGCUGCAGACCUCAGUAAGCCCAUAGACAAGCGGAUCUAUAAGGGGACGCAGCCCACAUGCCAUGACUUCAACCCUCUGACCGCCACGGCCGACAGUGUCUCGCUGCUGGUGGGCUUCUCUGCUGGCCAGGUGCAGCUCAUCGACCCCAUCAAGAAAGAGACCAGCAAACUGUUUAAUGAGGAGAGGCUGAUUGAUAAGACUCGUGUGACGUGUGUGCGGUGGGUGCCGGGCUCUGAGAGCCAGUUCCUGGUGGCCCAUGCCAGCGGCAGCAUGUACCUGUACAACGUGGAUCACGGUUGCGGCACUACUGCGCCCCACUACCAGCUCCUGCGCCAGGGCGAGGGAUUCGCCGUGCACACCUGCAAGAGCAAGCAGGCGCGGAACCCGUUGCAGCGCUGGACCGUGGGCCACGGCACUCUCAACGAGUUCGCCUUCUCGCCCGACGGCAAACACUUGGCCAGCGUCAGCCAGGAUGGCUUUCUGCGCGUGUUUGGCUUUGACGGCGCCGAGCUGUACGGCUCCAUGAAGAGUUACUUCGGCGGCCUGCUGUGCGUGUGCUGGAGCCCCGACGGCCACUAUGUGGUGGCCGGCGGCGAGGACGACCUGGUGACUGUGUGGUCAUUCGCCGACUGCCGGGUGAUUGCGCGCGGCCACGGCCACAAGUCGUGGGUGAGCGUGGUGGCGUUCGACCAGUGCACCACCAACAUCGGCACGGACGGAGAUGCGCCGGCCGAGUUCAGUGGCAGUGACGACGACUUCCAGGACCAGCAGCACUUCGGCGGGGGAUGCAGGGGCCGGGAGCGAGCCAACAGUGCCCAGUCACACCUCUCCAAACGCAACUCCACCGAUGGCCGGGGCCUGAGCGGCUCUUACCGCUUCGGCUCGGUGGGGCAGGACACCCAGCUGUGCCUCUGGGACCUGACGGAAGACAUCCUGUACCCCCUGCCCCUGUCUCGCACACGGACUCAUACCAACGUCAUGAGCGCCACCACCACCAACCCCCCCAGCAGCACAGCGGGCACCAACGGCAGCGGCAGCACCAGUAGCGGCAGCGGGGACAAGACGGGCACGUCGUCCCUCGCCCAGACCAACUGCCUCUCCAGCCCUCUGCCACGCUCCAACAGCCUGCCACACUCCACCGCACCACCAGGGGGCAGCACCCCCAACAGCCACCCCAAGGCCAGCAGCAUCAUAGACAGCGCGCUGAUCGCCACGGGCGUGCACAAGUUUGCCACGCUGGCGCUGCACGAGUCGCGCAAAGAGCGCCACCACGACAAGGAGCACCGGCGCAACCACAGCGUGGGCUACAUCGCCAGCAAGAGCAACGACAAGCUCAACCAGCUGAGCGGCUUGCGCUCGGCCGCGGGCACCGUGGCGGCGGCAGGCAGGACACUGGGCACGGGCCUGUGCCCGCGCAUGGAGGAGGUGCCCCUGCUGGAGCCAUUGGUGUGUAAGAAGGUCGCCCACGAGAGGCUCACCGUGCUCAUCUUCCUGGACGACUGUCUGGUCACCGCUUGCCAGGAGGGGUUCGUCUGCACAUGGGCAAGGCCCGGCAAGGGCCUUCUCUCAUCCCAAAACCCAGGCAACUCUCCGAGUGGGACUGUAGUAUAGCGUCCUGGUGGUGUGGUGUGCUGUGCUGUGCUGUGGUGUGCUGCUAGGCAAGGCUCCACGAUGCAGGGACGGGUCGGACAGACCUGGUCCACCUAGGGCCUACGGAUGUGGGCCAGAACCCUCCUCCACCGGCCCCCGCCCGUCUCACAGUCCCAGGUUGCCGCUGGAGGGGCACCAGGCCAGGAGAGCGGGCAGAGCCAGCGAGGGAAAGGAGGGCACUGGUGCCAAGCGCGGUGCGCUUAUAGACAUAACGGCAAAAGGGCCCCUGGAAGUCCUCCGACCGUCUGCGGAGAAGAUGACGAGGAGAAUCUCACCCUUUUUUAGUUUAAUUUUAAAAACCUUCUUUUCAGUUGGGCUUAUUUACCCCAUAUUGUUGUCACUACCACUCCUUCCUUAUUUCCUGUUUGUUUUUAGUUUUUUUCUUCUUUUUGUUUGUCUUGUUUCUGUUAGUUGUGUGUGUGAGACACUGUGCUGUGGUUCGCGGACGUUCAUGAUGUUGUCCUCUACUAUAAGGGAUGCUUGAGGUCGGACAGGUGUGGAAAAGAGGAGAGCUCAUAUUUAUAAACACACCCUAGCAGCUCAAGCCUGUUUGCACUGAUCUACUCAAUGUGUGUGUCCAGAAUGUCGUUAUGAUGGAACAAAAGUCCCUUAAAGACUACUGUGCUGGCACUGAGGGUCCAUGAGAAGACAGUUCCUUCUGUGAGAUGGAUCAUGCAAUCAUAUAUAUAUAUAU